GCACAGCACCAAAAACCAAGUAAACGAGCCCAACAUGGCAUCAGGAGGCUCCUCAGGUCAGUCAGGCUUCAGGCUGGGCCGCAGCAAGAAAAACCCUGGCGUUCUGGACCAAAUCGGGAAGUUCUUUGGAGGGGACAAGAAAAGGAAGGGCAAGGGCUCUUUCCGCGGUGCCCUGUCGGCCUCACCCCAGCGGGCCACGCACUCCUCUCCCCGCCGCAAAGGAGACCAAAGUGCUGUGGCGCAUUUCUUCAGGUCCAUCGUGUCUCCUGCCCCGCCCAAGUCUAGGUGGCAUUCUUUCACAGCAAAACUAGGCCUGGGUGACCAGAAGACGCAGGCUUCCGCUAAGGGCCAGAAAGGACGGCCAGCAGACGGCCAGGGCACCCUGACCAAAAUCUUCAAAAUGUGAUGUGAAUCCUCACCCUGUCCUAGGAGGAAGCCGAGCCGCCUCACCGGCCAAGCGCUGAUCGCCCCCCCCCCCCCACUUUUUCCUUUUCCUUGUUUGAAGAUUAGUACGUGAAAGGAGAGCAAGAGAAGACGGACAAGCUUCUUUUUUUUUUUUAACACUUUCACCUUUUUCCUUCUCAAUCUCCUGCACUAACUUGCACAUGAACGUGCUUCCUUGCAUGGUGCAUGGCUUUGUGUAAAUACUGUCUACUCAGUUCCAGCCAUACUAGUCAAAUCCUCCCAUCUCCUUUUCAUUCCUGUCUGCGUCUUUUACUUAUUUGAGUGCUAACUCUUCUGGACUCCAGAGGAACGCUUCUGCAAAGCUCCUCCCAAAGCGUCUGAGGCUUUGGUCCAGUCUGGGCAGCUUUAGUCCUGUGGCACUGUCUUUGUUUUGUCUGUACAAGCACAUUUGUUUGCUUAUAAUGACUAUCAUUUUGUCUGUAGCAGUGUGUUUGUCAUUGGAUUGCUCAGCUAUGAUAGCAUGCAGAAAUGGCCAGUGACCUUUACUCAGUUCCAUGUACUUCAGUAACAUUACAAUGGAUUCUGCCUAAAUGCUAAUACUUUAAAUAACUUCUAUUAUAAGUAAAUCUGUGAAUAAAGUCAGUCUUAGUUCUGCUUACAGGCAUUACAGGCAAUCUUUUUUUUGGGGGGGUUUAAUUUAAUUCUGUUCUCUGUUCUCAGCUUUUCACUUUAACCUGAUAAAUUAAUACUGAUAAAUGCUGGAAGUUCUACUACAGUUCCAUGGGGAAACAAUGGGCACUCCAGCAGCUUCUGUACUAGAUACUUUUCCUACUUGCUACUUGAGUCAAUAUUAUCAUAAUAACAAUACUUUUACUGGAAAAUGGGUUUAUGGUUACUCAACACACCUCUGAUAGUACUGUAAUAAGCCUCAUCUUUAGAGAUGUAUUGAUCAUUGCACAUGUUUAACACGUUAAUGCACACAAUUUAAUGCAUUUCCCCCACUUUGAUAUGGUCUUGUCUGAAAUUUGCUCUUUCCAAAUGUAUUUUAUAUGGUCGACCAGUGGCUGAGAACUUUACUGAUUUAAGAACAAGUUAUUUGAAAAUGACUGUACUGUGUCAUGUUCAUAUAUAACUGAUAAAUUAGACAACUUUAACUGAUGGAUUAACUGAAUUAGUUUCUGGACAGCACUGGAAGGUUUUCUGAAUGGCCCACAAAGGCAUGGCGCCACCCCUUGACCUCUGACUCUUUUAAGUCAAUAUAAUGAACCCUGUACAAACUGGAAAUAAAAGGGUACACAGCUAGCAAAUACAAAGCCAUAGAAGUCUGUUUCUGUGUUUGUCAGUAAGAUUGCUAAUUGAGUGAUGGGAAUCAUUAAAAACUCAAAAAAGGA